AUGGCGGCCACUAAGAUCGAUGGCACGCAAAUCGCCAAGAGCAUUCGGGCGGGAUUGAAGAAUGAGAUCCAGGAGAUCCAGGAGUCCAACCCGCGGUUCAAGCCCAGCUUGGUGAUUUUUCAAGUGGGUGACAGAUCGGAUUCAAGCACCUACGUGCGCAUGAAGCUGAAAGCUGCUGAGGAGGCCAACAUUCUAUGCAAAGUGGUCAACUUCCCCCAGGCUAUCAGUCAACCCGAGAUCCUCCAGGAAAUCACCAAGGCCAACAAUGACCCUUCCGUGCACGGCAUUCUCGUCCAAUUGCCCAUCCCUCAACAUUUGUCCGAACACACCGUCACGUCCGCCGUGGCCGACGAGAAAGAUGUCGAUGGCUUCGGGGCCAUCAACAUUGGUGAGCUGGCCAAGCGCGGUGGCCGUCCGCUCUUCGUUCCUUGCACACCGAAGGCUGUUAUGGAACUCCUGCGAGUGAGCGGAGUCGACCCGGCGGGCAAGCAAGCUGUGGUGCUUGGUCGGAGUGACAUCGUUGGUAGCCCCGUCAGUUACCUCCUGAAGAAUGCCGAUGCUACUGUGACGCUGUGUCACUCGAAGACCCCGGACAUUGCGGCAAUCGUGAAAACUGCCGACAUCGUGGUGGCAGCUAUUGGGAAAACAGAGUUUGUCAAGGGAGAAUGGCUGAAGCCUGGUGCCGUCGUCAUCGAUGUCGGUAUCAACUACAAACCCGAUGCUUCUAAGAAGUCGGGCCAGCGCCUGGUUGGAGAUGUUGACUUCGAGUCUGCCGCCCAAGUUGCUUCUCAGAUCACCCCCGUCCCCGGUGGUGUUGGCCCCAUGACGGUGGCCAUGCUUUUACAAAACGUGGUUAACUCGGCCAAGGAGUACUUCGAAAAGCAAAAAGAUAGACACAUUACUCCACUCCCACUGAAGCUGGCCCAACCCGUCCCCUCUGACAUUGCCAUUUCGCGCGCCCAGUAUCCUAAGCCGAUUACCGACCUUGCCUCCGAAAUUGGCAUUGCUCCUCACGAGCUCGAGCCCUAUGGCCACACAAAGGCGAAGCUUAACCUCAGCGUCCUUGACCGCUUGUCUCAUCGCCGCAAUGGUAGAUAUGUCUUGGUGUGUGGUAUCACCCCCACGCCUCUUGGAGAGGGCAAGUCGACGACCACUCUGGGUCUUACCCAGGCCAUUGGGGCGCACUUGAAUCGUAUUGUGUUUGCCAAUGUUCGUCAGCCUAGCCAGGGCCCUACUUUCGGUAUCAAGGGAGGAGCUGCUGGUGGUGGGUACAGCCAGGUUAUUCCUAUGGAUGAGUUCAACCUUCACUUGACUGGCGAUAUCCAUGCGAUCACGGCUGCCAACAACCUCCUUGCGGCGGCCAUUGAGACGCGGAUGUUCCACGAGUCCACCCAGAAGGACGGGGCGCUGUACAAGCGAUUGGUCCCCGCCAAGAAGGGCACGCGUGAAUUCCAGCCUGUCAUGUUCAAACGACUGAACAAGCUGGGAAUCACCAAGACCAACCCUGAUGAUCUGACCGAGGAAGAAAUUAACCGUUUCGCUCGUCUUGAUAUCGACCCCGAGACCAUCACCUGGCGUCGUGUGUUGGAUGUGAACGAUCGACACCUUCGGGGCAUCACUGUCGGACAGGCCCCCACCGAGAAGGGCUUGACUCGCGAAACCGGCUUCGAUAUUUCCGUUGCCAGUGAAUGCAUGGCCAUCCUUGCGCUGAGCAACAGUCUUGAGGACAUGCGCGAGAGACUGGGACGUAUGGUUGUCGCUACGUCCAAGAAGGGCGAUCCGAUCACGUGUGAUGACAUCGGCGCCGGCGGCGCUCUUGCGGCGCUCAUGAAGGAUGCCAUCAAACCCAACAUGAUGCAGAGCUUGGAGGGUACCCCGGUACUAGUUCAUGCCGGCCCCUUCGCCAACAUCAGUAUCGGAGCCAGCUCGGUGAUCGCAGACAAACUCGCGCUGAAGCUGGCGGGUACGGAACCCGACGAGGACCACGAUGCCAAGACUGGAUUUGUGGUGACCGAGGCCGGAUUCGACUUCACCAUGGGCGGAGAGCGUUUCUUCAACAUCAAGUGCCGGUCCUCCGGUCUAUCCCCCGAUACCGUGGUCAUUGUGGCCACCGUGCGGGCCCUCAAGGUUCACGGCGGCGGCCCUGAGAUCAGCCCCGGAGCUCCUCUGAAUGAGGUCUACCGUACGGAGAAUGUGGACAUCCUCCGCAAGGGCUGUGUCAACAUGAAGAAGCACAUCGAGAACGCACGCCAGUACGGAGUCCCCGUGGUGGUGGCCAUCAACCGGAUGGAAACCGACACGGACGCCGAGAUCGCCGUUAUUCGAGAGGAGGCCAUCGCGGCGGGUGCGGAGGAUGCAGUUCCCGCCAAUCACUGGGCCGAGGGCGGAGCCGGUGCGGUGGAUUUGGCCAAGGCCGUGCUUACCGCCAGCUCCAAGCCUAAGGACUUUAAGCUCCUGUACGAGACCGGCGGCAGCGUGCAGGAGCGCAUCGAGCACAUCGGCAAGACCAUGUACGGCGCGGAGAAGGUUGAGUUUAGCGAGCUGGCGCAGAAGAAGGUGGACACCUACACGGCGCAAGGCUUUGGCCACCUCCCCAUCUGCAUUGCCAAGACGCAAUACUCGCUCAGUCACGACCCUGCCCUGAAGGGCGCCCCGACCGGAUUCACCGUUCCGAUUCGCGACGUCCGGCUGGCCGUGGGUGCUGGAUAUCUGUACGCUCUUGCGGCUGAUAUCCAGACCAUCCCCGGUCUGCCCACCGCACCGGGUUACUUGAACGUUGACAUUGAUCCGGAAACCGGAGAGAUUGACGGCCUGUUUUAG